AAAAACCACACAAUUUACAUGCAAUAGUGCUAAUCUCCAAAGGGUGAAACUCAUCGUCAAAAGUCUGCAAGUGACAGUUUGAUAUGCCCGAAUCGCUCGUUACCACUUCCCUCUUUCUCGUCGGCUUUCUCUUUGUCACGGGUGGUGGAGGUCCCCUCUUCCUCGUCGGCUUUCUCUUUGUCACGGGUGGUGGAGGUCCCCUCUUCCUCGUCGGCUUUCUCUUUGUCACGGGUGGUGGAGGUCCCCUCUUCCUCGUCGGCUUUCUCUUUGUCACGGGUGGUGGAGGUCCCCUCUUCCUCGUCGGCUUUCUCUUUGUCACGGGUGGUGGAGGUUCCUUCUUUCAUUUCUCCCUCACCGAAUCUCUCUCCUGGUCCUCUGGCUGUUCGGACGAACUCCCCCAGCACAUGACGCGGCUGCCCCCCAGAAGGUUGGGGGGGAAAAGGCUUUAUGAGUGAGGAGGUGGAGUCAAGGUCGCUCUCGGUUGAGACCGAUGCUCGCAGGACCGGGUCGUGAUUUUGGAGAACGUUAACGUUGAUUUGUGGUUUUGCGGCUGUGGGUUCUUCAUGGUGCAAGGUGUCAUCAGGGUCGCCCAGGAUGGAGCCGAACGUGGAGAGAAUUGGGUUGAGAUUAGUGAGAAUGGAAUCAAGUUCGUCUUCGGUGGCGUGGUGGCCUUUGUCCCGUGACAUCUGGAUGAUGGAGCUGUUUGCAGUGUCUUCAGUUACCGUCUGCUCAUUUCCCAUUCUUGUUUUCUCAUCGUCUCCUUCUUCCACCAGUUCAGUUUCGCUGUCUGGUUGCGGAAUGCGAACCCCUGCAUCUGUCAGCUCGACA